AAAGGCAACACUCAGACGGUGUAUGUCAUAGCCGUGGCCUUUGAACUGUUGCCCCAAAACCUGAUCCCAUUGGCGGCCAACCAUUUAGUGGACAAUAUUAAGGCCCACGACUGGCACCUGACCACUGGAUUUGUUGGUGUGGGCUACUUGUGUCCAACACUGAGCCGAUUGGGUCACUCGGAUGUGGCCUACCGUUUGCUACUACAGGACACAUACCCCUCGUGGGGAUAUAGUAUUAAAUACAACGCGACCACUAUAUGGGAGCGUUGGGACGGAUGGACACAAGAAAAGGGAUUUCAAGACCCGGCUAUGAAUUCAUUCAAUCACUACUCCUUGGGAUCAGUCGGCGUGGGAUUCAAGAGUAUAGUAAUAGCACCGAAACCCGGCGGUAAUCUCCAUAAAAUGGCGGCUCGGUAUCAGUCUAUCAAUGGCUUAAUUGGGAUGAGUUGGGAGACUAACGGCGCGAACAUUACUUUAACAAUCGACAUUCCGGUCAAUACUAAAGCAUUCAUUGAUUUAUCAUUCCUGAAGCAACCCCUUCACACAAAUGUGGGCUCCGGUAGUUGGUCAGUGGUGGGUGUGAGUGAAGGGCCCGUCACUAAAGCACCGGAGGGUGAGUUUGAGCAUCCAAUUUGGGUACCGUCUCAGCCAUCACCACAAUCUUCACAUGACAAGAAGGACUGGACAUUGUUCUGCAGUGGGUCCGGUCAAAAGAUCCUCAAACCAUAUGAGACGACAGUGCAUGUGAUUAACCCUAACGCCCCUCAACCCCAUCCACCCCCUGGUCAGACCACUCAUGUCAUACGCGUAACUUCCCAUAGCGUUUCAGGCGUGUCGGACAAGGAUUAUGUCUAUCCCACAAAUAUGAGCCAUAUUCAGGCGGGUUUCAUAUUUGGGACGGUUAUGGCUGUGGUCUUCGUUAUUGUCAUCGUUUUGCUUAAGGUUUUUGACACCAAAUCCGAGACCAGUGUCCAUAUGGUUCAGCCCCCGACACACACUGUCAUAACCAAAGCGCCCCCACAACCAGUUUUACGCCCUGUAGUUCGUCCACACCCUCCACAAAACUUGAUUGUAGGCCUUCCAUAA